AUGGAGAAUUUUUUUGAUGUGAUUGGUUGUACUGAAGUGCAAAAAGUCUCUUUUGCUUCGUUUAUGCUGAAAGGGGAAGUAGAGCAUUGGUGGAGAUCUACCAAAAAGACUAUGCCACUUAAGGAAGAUGAGAUAUUGACUUGGACGAUUUUCCUUGAUGCUUUUUAUGAGAAAUAUUUUCCAGAAAGUGUACGGGAUGAAAAAGAAGUGGAGUUUAUGGAGCUCAUUCAAGGGAAUAAAAUGGUGUUACAAUAUCAGGCUAAAUUUACUGAGUUGUCUCGAUUUGCACCUCACAUUGUGGCCGAUGAUGUUAGAAAGGCUAAGAAAUUUCAGAGGGGACUACGACCAAGUAUCAAAACUAGGAUGGCAGCCUUACGAUUGAAGUCAUAUUUUGAGGUUGUGGAGAUUGCAAAGGUUGUUGAGAAGGAGUGUGAAGACUAUCAGAGGAUUAGGAGUCAGAAUAACAAAAGGCCUAAGACUGAAGGGUUUCAUAGAGGGAAUGAACACAAUAAGCCAUUUAAGAAGAAGACUACAAUAGAACCAGAGACUAAAAUGGUGCAACAGGUAAUAGAGGUUUGUUAG